AUGUCAGAUUUUAUUCAAUGGACAUAUGAAAAUCGAUUUUAAAUCUCUAUAGAUUUAGCUGCUGGCUCAAUUAGUGGAAUGUAAUAUUCAUUAUUUAAAUUAUAGAGCAAAUUGUAUUUCUAGUCAUCCAUUAGACACAGUGAAAGUUAGAAUGUAAAUGUCAGAUGAUGGAGUAGUAACAACACUAUAAAAAAUAAUAAAAAAUGAAGGAAUAAAAGGUUUUUAUAAAGGAAUGUCAUUUCCCAUUCUCUCAAUACCAAUCACAAAUGCAGUUGUAUUUUCGGUGUAUGAAUUUUGGAGAAAAUUUUUCAUAGGAAAUUCCAAUAAAUAACUCACUUAUUUCUAGACGUAUAUAUUUUUUAAUAAAUUUAAGUGCAUUUUGUGGAAGUAUUGCAGGAAGUUCAGCUGCUUUAUUAUCAUGUCCAAUUGAAUUAACAAAAUGCAAAUUAUAAAUGUAAGAAACAGAAAAAAUUUAUAAAAACCCUAUUGAUUGUGUUAUCUAAGUAUAUUUGAUAUAAAUAUAUUUAUUAGAUUUAUAAAAAAGAAGGUUUUAAAUAUAUUUUUAGAGGAAUGCAUGCUACUUAAUAAAGAGAAAUUCUUGGAUAUUCAGCAUAAUUUGCUGUUUAUGAAUGUAUUAAGAAUUUUUUAUGUGAUUUAUCAUAAAAAGCAGAACCUUCAACAGCAAAUUUAUUAAUAUCAGGAGGUUUAGCUGGAGUUUCAUGUUGGACAAUAGGAUAUCCUUAAGAUGUAAAAUAAAUAAAUUAAAAUCAAGACAAUUAAGACUAUUCUCUAAUGUUAAACUUGCACUGAUUAAAAAGUUUAUAAAGUAAGGUGUUAUGAUGGAGGAUUUUAUGAUUGUUUGAUAUAAAAAAUAUCUGCUGAGGGUUUUGGUUCUGUUUGGAAAGGAUAUUCAGUUUGUGUUUUUCGGGCAUUCUACGCUAAUGCUAUCGGGUUUUAUGCGUAUGAACUGGCCAAAGAAUAACUAACUUCAUUCUAUUAGUUUUGA